GAAAACGCUUCCACAGGAAAAAGGAAACGUGCAUCGUCUGUCAAAAGAAGGUUUACCCAAUGGAAUGCCUGGUGGCAGACAAGCAGAUCUUUCAUAAAAACUGCUUCCGCUGUAACCAUUGUGGGAGUAAAUUAAGUUUAGGAAAUUAUGCUUCUCUCCGUGGAAACAUAUACUGCAAACCCCACUUUAAACAACUCUUCAAGUCAAAAGGAAAUUACGACGAGGGCUUUGGAUACAAACCACACAAAGAGCUAUGGAAUCCAAAAACUCAAACUACAACUGCAGCACCUCGACACGAAAGACAGGAAAAAAGUAAAACAUUAAUGAAAGAGUCCAAUAUGGCAAGUAAUCCACAAAGCUUGCCUGCAGAUGAAGUGCAUGACAAUUUGGAUGAUGCAGCCCUUAAGACAUCAGGUGCAAUUGGCAAGCUGAGCAUAAUGUGGCCUCCAUCAUCAGGCAAUUCUAGGCAGAAUUCCACUGUUGAGAAAGUUAUUGUGAACAAACCUAAAUGGCCACCCGAAGAAGACAUGAAGCAUGUGGACGUGGUAAGGCCUCCCCCAGAGGGAGGGGAACAAGGCAAAUCAGAAAGUGAAAAACCAGAUAUUUGUAAUGAAAUGUUGGAUAAUAAGGAAGGUCUUAGACUGGAAAGAGAAAUCAAGGUCUCACCGAUUGGCACAGAUGGGGUUCAACAACUUAAAAAUGAGUUAACCAAAAGAGUGAGUUCUAGAAUGAAUGCAGAAAGUUUUGAAGACAAAGAUCUGGACAGUGAGUUGAAAGUUACAAAAAUUAAUGGAAAUGAAGCUGAAAAUUAUUCCAAUCCAAACAGUAAUAAUAACAACAACUGCAAUAUAAAUGUUGUUAUGUAUACCGAAUAUUAUGAAAACACUGCAACCAAAUUCAACCAGAGGAAUGGACAAAAAUCUUUUAAAUCAAACAAUCAGUUUGGAAUCUCUGGGCUUCAUGUUGCUUGGGGUGAAGGUGGCCAUCUUUCCAAUAAUUUUUCUAUGACAAUCCAGCAGUAUGGGAGAGGUGACUUAAGUUCACCAUAUAAUAAUCCUCUCUCGUCUGAAGAAUCAUUUGUCUUGGAUCAUCUUACAAAUAAGAUUCUGGAUUCAGAGAAAAGUGAAGCUGAAAUAUCACAUCAGUGUAAUACGUAUCAGAAGAAAGAAAUGACAGAAGCAAUUGUUCUGCAUGGCUUGUCAACACGGUCUCUCGCUGUUCAGGAGUCUAAUGCAUGUGUUUUGCCAAGACACACUAUAAAUGAGCCUUGUGUAACAGGUAGAGAGCCAUCUCUGCAAAGUACUUUCAGCUCAGGUUUGAAGAUGUAUGGGAGUGAAAGACAGUGA